GUUGCAAGAUUUCAAUUAAACUCGAGUCAAGUAUUACUCUUGCACGCCAAACACUCUUCUAAUCAUACAUGUUUGACCGAAAAGAUUUGGUUGGUUAACACGCAGACCUUCGGCUUCCCGUUCAUUAGAUUUCUGGAUCAUCUCUCUUCCACGGUGAGGACUAUCAGAUCAAUGGCUGGGAUCACCCAACCACAGGCCCUGCACACAGGGCAGUUCGCCAGUGAGCACGACUCUAUAAUUGCUCCCGUACGACCAGUUUUUUUUUUUUUUUUUCCUAGUUGCGGGCGAGCAGUGCGCACCCCGCGCACUCUAGAACCGUUAACAAGAAAACGGAUUCAAAAUUCCUCAACUUUUGGCGCCAUCAUCAUCUGAUGAUGCUGAAGACAACAUUCUCCCCAAUCCUCUCCGCCUUCCCCACCAAGGCCAAAAUCCCAAGAUUCUCAAAACCUUCUAUGUCCAUUUCCAACACUUCCACCCAACACUCACCACCUGCUUGCCAAAAUGCCUCAACCACAAUUCCCCUACCACCAACCUCAGCCUACAUCCACCUCCCCUUCUGCCGCAAACGCUGCCACUACUGUGACUUCCCCAUUGUCGCCCUCGGCUCAUCUUCUUCCCCUCCCCAACAAACUCAAGACCCCACCAUUGCCGACCCCCGAAUCUUGAAUUACAUCCAGCUCCUCCGGCGAGAAAUCGAUGCCAAGAAGCCCAGAUCCCCCUCUGACCCAGUUCUCGAAACCGUGUUCUUUGGAGGCGGGACCCCAUCUUUGGUGCCCCCGACACUUGUCUCUUCAGUCCUUGAGACGCUGCGGUCGAAAUUCGGGGUUUGCCCGACUGCUGAAAUCUCAAUGGAAAUGGACCCGGGGACGUUCGACGCGAAGAAGAUGAGGGAGUUGAAGGAGUUGGGGGUGAACCGGGUGUCGCUAGGGGUGCAGGCCUUCCAAGAAGAGUUGCUGAGGGGGUGUGGGAGAGCUCAUGGUGUGAGUGAAGUGUAUGAGGCUAUAGAGAUUGUUGGGUCUUGUGGGGUCGAGAAUUGGAGUGUGGAUCUCAUCUCUUCUCUGCCUCACCAAACACCAGAGAUGUGGGAGGAGAGCUUGGGGCUGGCCAUAAAAGUGGGGCCCAACCACGUGUCGGUCUAUGAUUUGCAGGUGGAGCAAGGAACCAAGUUUGGACAGUGGUACACGCCAGGAGAGUUCCCUCUACCCUCUGAAAACCAAUCUGCAAAGUUCUACAAAAUGGCUUCAGAGAUGCUCACCAAUGCUGGAUACAAUCAUUAUGAGAUCAGCAGCUACUGCAAGAACAGGUUUGAGUGCAAGCACAAUCUCGCUUACUGGCAGAACAAAUCUUUCUAUGGAUUCGGUCUAGGGUCUGCUAGUUACAUCGAUGGUGUGAGGUUUUCACGGCCAAGGAAGAUGAAAGAGUAUGCAGAUUACGUGCAAAAGUUGGAGGAUAGAUUGGCGGAUGGUCACAAUGAUAAUAAUAACAAUAGUCAUGUUGAUGUCAAGGACAUGGCCAUGGAUAUUGUGAUGCUUUCUCUUAGAACGGCAAGAGGUCUAGAUGUCAAGGAAUUUGGGAGAGCCUUUGGCAAGUCUCUUGUGCUCUCUAUUUUCAAGGCAUUUGAACCAUACAUGGAGAGUGGCCAUGUGGUUGCCUUGGAUGAGAAAAGAAGAGCGUUGGAUGCAAGUGAGCUCAGCUCACCUCAAUCCGAUGCUUGCAAGAUCGAGCAGCUGGUAGCGUUUAUUCGGCUUAGCGAUCCGGAUGGUUUCCUCCUAUCAAAUGAACUGAUAUCCAUCGCUUUUGGCAUUAUAUCUCCAUAGCUAUGCAAUAUUGCUCGAAACAUUCAUUAGUGGUUGCUCCUCAUGAAGGCCAAAUUGGAACAAAGGUGUGGAGAUCAAGUUGGGCUCGUUUUCUUACACAAAAAGUGUUGGCACCCAAAUUAUCCACUGGAAUAUAAAGCCUCCAAAUAUACAGAUUACUUAGGGAUGAAGAACAUGAUUGUUCUUACAGUUGCUAUGUUGUAAUUUAAGGAGUUUGGGUAUGUUAGUUGAGAAUGACAGGAAGAGAGAGUGAGAAAUGCUUGAAAGUUGGAGACAUUGGUUCAAGUGGCAAUAUGGUUUGAUA